AUGCCAUUUGGUUGUCUGACACUCGGGGAGAAGAAGGAUUACAACAAUCCCUCAGAGGUGACCGACAAGUAUGACCUGGGACAAAUUGUUAAAUCAGAGGAGUUUUGUGAGAUAUUCCGGGCGAAGGAUAGGAACACCUUGAAAAUGUACACCUGUAAAAAGUUCCACAAAAAGGAUGGAAGGAAAGUGAGGAAAGCUGCCAAGAAUGAGAUAAUGGUCUUAAAGAUGAUAAAACAUCAUAACAUCCUCCAGCUGGUUGACGCUUUUGAAACCAAGAAAGAGUACUUCCUUUUUCUGGAGCUCGCUACAGGCAGAGAGGUGUUCGACUGGAUCUUAGAUCAAGGAUACUACUCUGAGAGGGACACCAGCAAUGUUAUGAGGCAGGUGUUGGAAGCUGUAGCGUACCUGCACUCUCUGAAUAUUGUCCACAGAAAUCUGAAGCUGGAGAACUUGGUCUACUUUAAUCGUUUGAAGCACUCCAAAAUUGUUAUCAGCGACUUCCAGUUGGCAAAACUGGAAAGUGGACUCAUUAAGGACCCAUGUGGGACUCCAGAAUAUCUAGCUCCUGAGGUGGUCGGGAGGCAGAGAUAUGGAAGAUCUGUGGACUGCUGGGCCAUAGGUGUAAUCAUGUAUAUACUUUUGUCUGGAAACCCUCCUUUCUAUGAUGAUGCUGAUGAAGAUGAGUCUGACAACCGUGACAAGAACCUUUUCCUAAAGAUUUUGUCUGGGGACUAUGAAUUCGAUUCACCAUAUUGGGAUGACAUUUCAGAUUCUGCCAAAAACUUGGUGGCAUCCUUGAUGGAAGUGGACCAAGAUCAGCGACUGACUGCACAGGAAGCGAUUGCCCAUGAAUGGAUUUCUGGAAAUGCCGCCUCGGACAAGAACAUCAAGGAUGGCGUUUGUGCACAAAUAGAGAAGAACUUUGCCAAGGCCAAGUGGAAGAAAGCUGUCCGAGUGACCACCCUCAUGAAGAGACUUCGAGCGUCUGAGCAGGGUGAAUCUGGGGCCCCCGCAGGGGCUGCAGCUGACCCCAACACGCCCAGCGGCGCUGCUGCUCCUCCAGCCGGCGGCAGCGAUGGUGUCGCUGCCAGCAUAAAGGCUGCUCUUAGUGAAAAGGCUCCUGACACACAGACUGCCGCCGUCUCUGCGCUCUCCCUGCCCAGUGCAGGCAGACAGGAGGAGCAGCCACAGUCACGGUGCAACGGCGAUGUCCCCCAGAUGUUGCCACAAAGAAAGGGAGAUUAG